AGUGAUCGCGAGACUGGCCAUCGCAAAAGGUGGCAAAGCGGGCGCGCGCUCUCUGCAUAUUAUUGUGGUGCACAUCGUUUGGAUUGGUUCGCGAGGUUUGGCCCCGAGGCUCCGAUUCGCGGCAUCGAUUAAUUACCAACGGUUGACCAGGUGACAAAAUAAAAAAAAAACACGCGUGUUGAGGCGGAUCAUUUAAGCGGCGUUGGACCGGACUGGAAAAUGUUCAACGGCAGUGACUAGAUCUUAGCUGAAUUGAGGAUUAUCUACUGAAGCACAACAGAUAGUAGACCGCGAGUCGUGUGAAAUCGAGCGGGUAUCACCUUUGCUCAAUGUGUUUUGUCGGAGUUGUCGUAGUUGGAUCACAAAUCUGCUUCAAAGCCGAAUUUAAGAUUUUGUCUGGUGUUGCGUGAAGAUGUUGACGGCAGAGUGAGCUAGAUCAGUGAUUUCGGAAUACUUAAAGUGAUUUUUUUCGGGUGUAAUUUGUUUCGGUUCUACAAAGGGAAUAAUAGUUCCUAUCGUGAUGGACUGGUUGUCGUGAUAGUGGAAACGUAUUUCGCUAAGGCUACGCUUAGCUGAACAAUUCAGCAGCAGAUCGUGAUCGCAUCGUGAGUGAGUGCAAGAACAAAAAGCGACCACCGAUUGAGCCUGUGAUUCAGUCAAGGUGGUCACAACCGUCAACUCGUCGUGCUGAUCGUUCAUGCAAAUCUGAUAAAAUGGCUUACCUAUCGGAUGUUGACCUUGCGACAUUGCAUCGAUCACGACUGGAAGAACGUGUCCACUACAAGUUGUCCUCCUGGUGGCAGAAAUCGGCGACCAUCGACGGUGGCUCCGUCGGUCACGGUCAGUACCAGUAUGGGUUGGCCACGCCUUCGCCUACUCCGGCGCGAAUUUCCGCUCAAUCCCGUUCGGCCAGUCGGUCGUCCACCACGGAUGACAUAAUCAACAACAACGGCAAUAGCGGCGAACUUGAAUCGACCCAGUCGACGUCGACGAUCGCAGCAAGACGGGCUCCGCAGCAGAAGAGCCCUCCCGGUGGACAAGGUGGCCGAAGUGGUGGAGGCAGUGGAGGCAGCAAUACCAGUACCUGUGAAGCAAACACUUCAACGUCGACGUACCUUGGGGAGUCUCGACGGUUGAUGACGUCAGGCCAUGCUCCUCACCAUCAUCGUGCCGGAGCCGGUAGGCAUCAAUCCAAUGUCCAUGUGAUCAAAUACCGCAACCGGAAUGGCCAGAGGCAGAGCAGUCUGACCACCGGCAGUAGUUGUUCCACUAUGGAGGCAAGUUCUCUCAUAAAUGGCGGCAAAAGUGGGGCCAGCAGUAGCAGCAGCAUCAACAGUGGCAGCAAUGGGUACAAACAUGUCGAGUGGAGCGAUGACGACUACCUCAACGACGAUGGGUACUUCUCGUCCGAAACGCGCCGCAGGAGAUCCGGCACGUGGCCGCGAACGCGAAGUCUGAACGCCCCCUCGCCGUUCCAACAGUUUGGACCAUGUGGUCGUAUUAUGAAAAACUCCGCCAUGGUGAUGCAAAUCCAAGACCCCGCCAGUCAGCGACUGACCUGGUACAAGCCUCCGCUGGCGGUUCUAGUGAUAAAGAAGGUUCGUGACUCCAAGGUGCUGCAGCCGUUCGUGGAGCUGGUGGAGUGGCUCAUCCAGGAGAAGCACAUGGUCGUGUGGGUGGAGGGCGCAAUUCUGGAUGAUCCCCUGCUGACCGGUGACAAGCGGUUUACCAAGAUCCAGGACAAGCUGAUAACGUUCAAGGACGGCCGGGACGAUCUGACGGACAAGAUCGAUUUCAUUAUCUGUCUGGGUGGCGACGGGACCCUGCUGUACGCAUCGCUGCUGUUCCAGAAAUCGGUACCACCGGUGAUGGCAUUCCACUUGGGAUCGCUCGGUUUCCUGACGCCGUUCCAGUUCGACAACUUCCAGGAACAGGUUACCAACGUGCUGGAGGGGCACGCCGCUUUGACCCUGCGCAGUCGACUGCGUUGUAUUAUAGUGCGAAAAGACAAAACGGAACAGGAGAUUUCCACGUUCAAAUCAUCACAGGAUCCCACAACCAACAUUUUAGUUCUCAACGAGGUCGUCAUCGACCGGGGGCUGUCGUCGUACCUGAGCAAUAUCGAUCUGUUUCUGGACGGGAAGCACAUCACGUCGGUGCAGGGCGAUGGGCUGAUUGUGUCCACGCCCACCGGAAGUACGGCCUACUCGGCAGCGGCAGGUGCUUCCAUGAUUCAUCCCUCGGUGCCGGCGAUCCUGGUGACGCCGAUCUGUCCACAUUCGCUGAGCUUCCGGCCGAUCGUGCUGCCGGCUGGUGUGGAGUUGAAGAUUGCUCUUUCGCCCGACAGUCGAAAUAGCUCGUGGGUUUCGUUUGACGGCAGGAACCGUCAAGAGUUGCUCCAUGGUGAUAGCCUGCACGUGACAACCUCGAUCUACCCGGUGCCCAGCAUAUGCGCCCAGGACCAGAUCGCCGACUGGUUCGAUUCGCUGGCCGAGUGUCUGCACUGGAACGUCCGCAAGCGGCAAAAGUGCCUGGACGAGCUGUCCGACCUGACCGGAUCCGGCACGGAGGACAGCGCCAUCGAGGAGAUCGAACGUGGCAUGGAAAACCUGGAGAGCUAAGAACAAAGUCGGGUUCCGAUGCUGGGCAUAGAUGGAAGGUGGCGUGAUUACCCGCGAACCCCCUCCCCCUCCCCAACCUUCUCUCUUCAUUUUUGUUUCAUUUACCUACUUACUAUCAUCAACGGUGUACUAUCGAAAUGUGUUCUGUGAGAGCAACCUGCGGCACAACUUUUUCUUCGGCUUAUACGUCUGGUUGGUCGUUCGUUCUUCUUUGAUGCCCCCCAUCAUGAGUAGUGUUAUGAGUUACCACACGAUUAUGUUUUACGUUUUUAAUAUUUCCCGGAAUCGAGAUAUGGGCCAGGACUGCUUUCACGAGAGAUAGAGAGAAGAAAAAUAGGAAUUCGCUAGGUAAAGACUGUGAAAAUUUGAGCAAGCGAGGCAUAAUGGUUAAGGGUAGGCUUUUCGUAUUUUAAAUACAAAACAUAAAUUGGAUGAUCGUACUAAAUGUCGAAACAGACGAUUGUUGAGUGAGAAUACUUUGAGUGGAUAGAAUCUAGCCAGGUUCUAUGUUUGUGAUGAGCAGGAUCAAACGAGCGAAGAUGGGAGAUAGCUAAGAUGCUAGUGAUUUGUUCAUUCCGAAUUGGAGCCAAGUUUAGUGUAUUGAUUCUAGGGAGAAUCGUUAGACGAGUUCGAUAAUCAGCUGUUCAUGUUCAAGUUUGACCUAGACAAAACAAAACAAACACAAAGCGAGAAAAGAUAUCAAUGUGAAGGAAGGUCACAUGUAUAAGUUGAUCGUGAAGAAAGACGCAAUGAGUGUGAAUGUGAGAUCGGCAAAUCUUAGUUGGUUAAGAUGAUUCUUUUUUUUGUAUUUUAGCGUUAGGUUAAUAUGUUAAUACUUCAUUGAAGCAACAAAAUACAUAGCAUGAACAGAAGCAAGAAUCGCUUGGGAUGUACUAGUGAUGUAAUAA